AUGUUCUGCAAUUCCGUAAAGUACCGCAAUUCAACUGCAAUUGAAUUACAACUUCAAAAUCUGCAAUGUUCCACAAUACCACAAAUCGCAAUUAUUCCGCAAUUGCCUAUUUGCAGCACUAUCCUUACAGAUGAAGCUAAGCUUAUUGAAGAACCUUUAAAAUCUAAGAAAGUGAAAACUGAUUAUCAAUUAGGAUAUAAUAUACAUUGUGUAGACACAAAAAUUAAUAAUAUAAAAACAAAAAAUUGGAUAACAACUUUUCAUGAUCAAAUAGGUAAACCUAUAAUAGGGCGUGUUUUAAAUGAUUCAAAUGAAGAUAAAAUUCGUAUAGAACAUUGGAUACAAGAUCUAGAAAAUGAUCAAAUAUCACCAUUAGUACAAUUGCCAAUCCUUAAAAAAUGUGGAGGAUGUGAAGUGAAAACGAAUCAAAUCAGAAAUAAAAGAAGUAACACUAAAGUAAGGUGUAUAACAGAUAUUAAUAUAGAGAAUUGUGUUAAAAUUAAUGCAAAUUCAAUACAAAAUGAUCGUUAUAUAGCAGAUAUGGCUAUUUACGAGGCAUUAGCUCAAGCGGAAUGUAAAUACUACAGAAAACAAAUUGCAAAUAGUUUAAUGCAAGAAACUGAUAUAGAGAUUUAUACAGAUAGGUUGAUGAAAAAUGUAGCGACUAGUGAAAUAAUGAUGGGUUGUGCAUUUGUAAUUAGUGCUCCUAUAAAGAAAAGUUUUAAUUGUGGAAUUGUAAAUAAUCCGUUUUCUAAUAAGGCUGAAUUAAUGGCAGUGAUAUUAAGUUUAAUGAUCUGUCCUAAAGCUGCAAAUGUUGAAAUAUAUAGUGAUUCUCAAUGGGUAGUUAAUACAUUUGAUGAUUUAAACUUUUUGAUGAUUAAAGAUAUAGAAAGAUCAAAAAUAACUAAAGUUAAAGCGUAUGGUGAUUGUGAUUAUAAUAAAGAAGCAGAUAAGCUCGCUAAAUCUAAAGAAGAAACCUCUGAAUAUUUUUGGAAAUGUAGUAAGAUUCAAAAUGUUGUACAAGAUAUAAUUAAACGAUUAAAAAUUUUUUUAGUUAAAAUUAUACAGGAGUAUUCAAAAGAUGAUAUAGAUACACAAAAAUUAAAAAGUAAAAUUAAUGGGCUUAGUAUGUGGGAAAUUGGAAGCUCAUAUGAUUUUAUAUUUUUAAUGAAGAAUCAAGUCAGUUGUCAGUUAAUAGAAUUUUUAAGAUGCUUUAAAAUAACUGAAAAAAAAUUGUUAUAUAAGGUGCUGAAGCAAAUAACUGGGAGAGUUUUAUUAGAAUUCAAAGUGCUUAUUUGGAAACCAAGGAACGAGUUACAAAUAAAAGAAGAAAAGCAGUACGGUAUUAGCGAUAAAGAUAAAAAAGCUAAGUCACAUAGUAAACGCACUGAAGUGGAUGUCAAAGAUGUUGACUGUAAUAUGUUAGAAAGUAAUUGGAAUAAAUGGAAUGAUUUGGCAUUCCAUCGUGGUGUAAUCGAAAGUUUAUGGAUUGGUCAAUUUGUUAAUUUAUUACAUGAUUCAAUUACUAGUGAAAUCAGCGAUAUUUCAAGAAAUAUAUUGGAUGAUUCAGAUGAAAAUAAUGUGAAAGGUGAUGAAAUUAAUGAUAGUGGUAAUAAUAAAAGAGCUGGAGAAGGUAACUAUGAUUAUAAUAUAGAUGAUAUAUUAAGUAUGGAUAAUGGUGAUAAUAAUGAUACCAGUUUGCUCUUUAACGCUUUAUAUAUGUAG